UUUCUUUGAUGUCUGAAAAAAUAAUUAAAAAAUACACAAAAUUUAUUGUCAUAUUAGAUUAAAUCCUAUAAACCCUUAAUUACAAAUACCUGCGUCCUGGGUCGAUGGCCUCCUCUGAGCAUAUUGCAAUACCAGAGGCUUUCUCUAACCCAGCAAAAGCAGCAUUACAUUACCUGUCUAAUGCUUUGACAGGAGCUUCAACACAAGGAUGUGGAAAGUGAAACAACUCAAGAGAUGCAGAGAAUACUAGUGUCUCGGAUUUCUCAUUUGAAGAGAGUCUAUGGCCAAUUUGGUCCAAAUGUGUGUUUGGCAACAGAGAGAUCACUAACUUCAGGAGCAUAUGAGGGUGAUGAUCCUCUAUACGCAGAUGUGCCGAAACCGCGCAGGGAUAAAUCUGAAAGGAAGCCAUACCUAACACCAAUGAAGAUUUUGAUUCAGAGAGCCAAGGAGGAGAAAGAAGCUAGGAAGGCUCAGCCUUGUAGGCUGCUUGAACACCCCCCUGAUAAUGGGCUAUUGGUCCCUGAACUGAUCGACGUGGCUCACCGAGUCUACCAAGCUCGAGAGUCUCUCCUCCUUGGCUCAUCAAAGUUACUUCAAGUCAUUCCCAUCCAGCGUUGUAGGUAUUGCUAUGAGGUUCAUGUUGGACGAGUGGGACAUGAAAUCCGAACCUGCACUGGUCCAAAGAGUGGCUUUCGAAGUGCCAAACAUGUUUGGAGGAAAGGAGGAAUUCAAGAUGUGGUUUUCUUCCCCAAAUCCUUCCAUCUUUAUGACCGAGUUGGUAAACCAAGAGUGGGGCAUGAUGAGAGGUUUAGAGUCCCACGGAUCCCUGCCAUUUUGGAGCUAUGCAUACAAGCUGGUCUUGACCUUGAAAAGUACCCCACUAAAAGAAGAACGAGACCUGUUUAUUCCAUCGAAGGAAGAAUUGUAGACUUCGAAUCAGUAAAAAUUGAUGAAAACUCAGACUGUACAAUUUUCAACUCCCCAGUACAUUCUGAUGCAGGAACCAAAACUGAACAGUUGGUAGAUUUGACAAAUGAUGGUAAUCUUCUAGAUAAGGUGAAAGAUAGUGUAGAAGAAAGCACAAGGGAGUUGAGCAUUGUGACAUUAGAAUCAUGGCUCGAGAUGACACGUGGAGUAAAGAAGAUGAUGGAGAAGUACGGUGUGAAGACUUGCGGAUACUGUCCAGAGAUUCAGGUAGGAGCUAAGGGACACAAGGUAAGAAUGUGCAAGGCCUCAAAGCACCAAUCUCGUAAUGGUUUGCAUGCAUGGCAAGAGGCAACAAUAGAUGAUGUUGUUGGUCCCAAUUAUGUUUGGCAUGUUCGUGAUCCAAAUGACACUGCUCUUGAUAAUAACCUCAAGAGGUAUUAUGGUAAGGCUCCGGCUGUUGUAGAGUUGUGUGUGCAAGCAGGAGCACCUGUUCCAGAUCAAUACAAGAGUAUGAUGAGAUUAGAUGUCGUUCCUCCUGAUCGCGAUGAAGUUGAUCUUGUUGCUUAAACUUUUUCAUUAUUAUUUUUUGGGACACAAAGACAUGAUUUUUGGUCCUUCCUUUUGUAUUGUAGCUUCAACUUGUUUCUCUAUUAUUCCAAGAAGAAUACUAGAGCCAUGAGUUUGAGUAUGUUUACCAAAUAUUCAUGUUUUAGAUUUCUUGUCUUUACAAGU